GUAAUGGCCGGUCGUCGCUCACAUAUGUCGACCAGCGCCGCCAAGAUUGUCGCCGUGCCGCUGGGCGCAGGCCAGGAGAUCGGUCGCUCCUGUGUGGUCGUGCGGAUGGGCGGCCACAGCGUGAUGUUUGACUGCGGCAUCCACACCGCCUUCACCGACGAGCGCUGCUUCCCACGCUUUGACAUGCUGCUGCCUGGCGGGGCGGCGGCAGCUGUAGCGGCGGCAGGCGGCGGCGGCAGCGGAGGCGGGAGCAGCGGCGGCAGUGCCUCGGCAGCGGCAGACGCUGCGCCCUCGGCGUACGCGCACGUGGUGGAUGCGCUGGUCAUCACUCACUACCACCUCGACCACGUCGGCGCGUUGCCGCACUUUGUCUCUGUGCUCGGGUACCGCGGUCCCAUCUUCAUGACGUCGGCGACGCGCGGCAUCGCCCAGACGAUGCUGCUCGACUAUGUGUAUGUGAUGCGCGACCGCAAGCAGGUGGAGUUCAUCUACACCAAGGAGGACCUCCUCCACACGCUCUCGCGCGUGACGGUCAUCUCGCUGCACGAGCGUGUCCGCGCGACCAGCAGCCUCACGCUCACGCCCUACUACGCCGGCCAUGUCCUCGGCGCCGUGAUGGUGCACGCCGAGGCCGCGGGCCACUCCGUCGUGUACACGGGCGACUUCAACGCCACCGCCGACGGCCACCUCGGGCCCGCCGCCAUUCCUCCGCUCCGGCCCCACCUCCUCAUCACCGAGUCGACCUACGCCAGCUCGACCCGCUCGAGCCAGAAGAGGCGCGAGGACAAGCACGAGGACAAGUUCGUCCGGCUCGUCGCCGAGGCGGUGGCGGCGGGCGGCAAGGUCCUCGUCCCCGUGUACGGAUUUGGGCGCGCGCAGGAGCUGCAGCUGCUGCUGGACACGGCGUGGCAGGAGCGGCGGCUGAGCGCGCCAAUCUACUUCGCGCAAGGCGCGAUGCAGCGAGCCAACCUCCUCUACCGCCUCUACGCCUCGUGGUCGCGCCCCCGCGGCGUAGAGGGCGAGGCGCCGCCGCCGCCCGACCGCUGCCCGUUCGCGUUCAAGCACGUGCGCGCGUGCGUCCUGUUUGCGACACCCGGCAUGCUGUUUGCGGGCUUCGCGCUCGAGGCCUUCAAGCACUGGGCGGGCGGCGAGGCCAACCUUGUGCUGCUGCCCUCGUACUGCUCCCCCGCCACAGUGGGCGCGCAGCUGCUGCAGGGGAAGAGGCUCGUGACGCUGCGCCAGGGCACGCCCGAGGCGGAGCAGCUGCACGCCCUAGAUGCGGGUCGCAGCAUCCGCGCCUUCCGAGCCACGCGUCGAGACGACCCGAUCGAGACGGUCUCCUUCUCAGCGCACGCUGACGCCGCGGGGCUCCACUGGCUCGUGCGCCACUUGGCGCCGCACCACGUGAUGCUCGUGCACGGAGAUCGCCCAAAGGUGGCCGUCUUCAAGUCGGCCCUCGCCCGCUCGUUCGGCGAGUCGGUGCACGUGCCCGCGGACCCAUCGGUGACCGUCGAGGGCGCAGAGAGAGGCGCCUCGAGCGGCGAGGCGCGGCCAGAGAGCGGCCGCAGAAGGGACGACGCCGACUCCUCGGUCCUUGGGAUGGGGGAGGCUGGCGCGGAGGUGCUCGAGGUCGCGGAGGCGGCGGAGGCUGCCGGGUCCGAGUCGUGCGUCGCCGGAGCAGAGCCGCCCGUCAAGCGGCGCCGGCGUGCGGCACAGCUGAGCCGCGGCGGGACGGAGAAGCUCGUCGCUCUCCCUCCUGGCGAGGAGGCGCUGAGCUCGGAGUGCGCCAUUUUCGAGAACGCCACGCCAUCGGGCGGUGUCGCACGCGGGUCGCUCGCGGCGGCCGGCCUCGCCUCGCCACGCAGCGCGGGGUCUCGUGUGCUGCUGGUGGCCCCGUCCGAGCUCGAGUCCGUGGGCGGGAUGCAGCGGCACGAGAUCCGGUCGGUGCUCACGUUGCCGCUGCCGCGCGGCUGCCACGGCGGAGACAGUGCGAUGCGGGCGGUGUGGCGUCGCCUCUGCGACGGGGCAGAGCUGAGCGGCAUGGCGGAGGUGGGCCGGCUAGAGUGGGACGCGGACGCGGAGGAGGUUCGAGUGGCCGCUGGCCGCCUCAGUUUGCGGCUGGUUCGGGAAGACGGCGCGGCCGGGGAGCUACAUCUAGAGUGGGCGUAUCAGGCGCAGCGGCUUGCAGAGGCCAUCUUUGGCUGCCUGUCCAACCCGUAGUGAGAGGCGGCGUGAGCACCGUGUGAUUGAUAUUUUUGUGUUCUUGUGCAAACAGUGCGAGUCGGAGUUUCAUGU